AGCAACCGAAAACACAUGCAGAACAUCACUUCCAAUCGGAUCCAAAAUCGAGCAACGCACGACGUUCGAUGAGCGAAAGUAACCUCAAGCUUCAUGACACAGUGCCAUUAGGAGUAAAGACGGCUGAUCUUGCAAUCCAUCUUUUUGAAGGUAAACCGCUGUCAAACGUGCUGGACGGUGAUUUUUCUGGAUCGAAAGCUGAACCACCUGCAACAAAAAGACAGUGCCGUGAAAUCGAACAGACCGGAAACAAUGAUUACGACGAGGACAGCGAUGAUGACGGUGAAGGGGAAGCUGAGCUGUUGAACGAAUUUUCCAUCAUGGAAUAUUUCGAACCAUACCGUAUUGAAACUGUGAAUUUCGAGUCCGACUGUGAAGAUGCACCAGAAUGCCCUACCGUUGAUUCUGAUGCAGAGAAUGCUGUUUCGAGAUCGAUUCCGGGCAACGAUUUGGGAUUCAAGGAGCUGAAUGACAUUAACAUCGUCAAGAAAAGAAAAUGUACUGCAAGCUACAAUACUGUGAAAAACAAGGUGCUUAAGGUAAAGGGUGAGGAGUAUACUCGGUCCAACGGGAAAAAAGUUCCUGCUCGAAGAGUUAAAUCAGCCUGUUUUUGCGCGAAACGCCAGUGCCACACGAAGGUCACUCAAGAGAUACAAGAGCAACUUUUAAAAAAUUUUCUGAUGUUAACAUUUUCCGCGCAAAAUCAGUUUUUAUCGAACCAUAUGACGAUUUCUCCGGUCAAGUAUCACCGAGUACGUGUUUGAAAGACUCUAUUUGGGUUUCAAAACUAAUUUUUUUAUAUUCAUGUUUUUAGGUUUUCAAUUCUAAACGAACAUUUUCGCACAAGUAUUUUCUCCCCGCCAUCGGAGGAAAUAUUCUGGUUUGCAAAGGUAUGUUCUGCGCAACAUUCGACGUUACAAA